AUGGAGACGGAGCAAACGGCUGGAAGUUGUCCUGCUCCGGGCCAGACUUCUGUCAGAACCUGGCUGUCCUCCAGCACAAGAGCAGCCGCCAGGUCACCUGGUGACUCCGCCUCCCGUUUCCAUGGAGACGGGGUUCGCUACAAAGCAAAGGUCAUCGGCGUGGACCCGGUCCCCGACUCCCAGGGGGAGAAGAUGUGCUGGGACUCCAUGAUGAAACUCAAGGGCUUUGAUGCAGCUGCAAGGAGACAGGGGAAACACAAGCAGAGAGUUUGGCUGAAAGUUUUCUCCAGCGGCCUGAAAAUCCUGGAUGAGAGGAGCGGGGCUGUACUUCAUGACCACGAGAGGAGCCGGAUCAGCUCUUUGACGAAAGACGAGUCCGACCCCAGAGCUCUGGCCUACGUCUACCAACACCAAGACACCUACAGCCUGUUCUACAUCAAGAUGGCUAACCUGGCAGAGCCGGUCCUGGCCGACAUCAAAGAGGUUUGUCAGUGUGAGGACCAAGAGACGCCACAGGAUCCUGCAGAGACACCGACACAAAGCUCCUUACUGGUUCUAAAUGACAGUUCAUCCUCUCCAGCCGAGGCACCAGCUUUGGAGGGUGUGUUCAGUCCGCGACCGGAGUCUUCACCAGGACAAUCCCAGCCGGUCUCUCCCAGAAAUGAGCUGAUGGAAGUUUUCUCCAUCCAGAUGGACGAGCCGAUGUCACCCACAGACAGCAGCUGUACGAGUCAGCCUGAUUGUCCUCUGCCAACACUCUCCACCACUCAGAUCCUCUCCAUGUUCCCCACUCAGCCACCAGGGGGCUCUCCAUACUCCUCUCCACCAUACUCUCCUACUGCCAUGCCCUGGGGUCAGAAUGUUUUGCCAGGAAACCAGUGGGCAGGUCCAGCUAUGGCGCCCUGGCCAACCACGCCUGGCAACAUGGCUGCAUGGCCACCAGCAGCCAUCACAGCGCCCCCUGCAGGCAGCCCUCACGGCAUGCUGACCUCUCAGCCAGGGGUCAUGUGGGGUGGCAGUACACCUGCUUCACCCACCACUCUCAAUGGUUAUGCUUCACCUGUAAACUCCAUCAAUGUCCUCACUGGAAACACAGGAUCGAUGCAGCCAGUGUCUGCUGGUUUGGACCAAAAUCUGCUCCUGUGA